GCCAAGUGUUCGCAGCUCAAGAUCACGCCACGUGUCCAAAUCUGAAAUCACUCUCCUCACACUCUGGGACCCGCACCUGCAACCGCGGGUGGCAGCACAGCCUUAAACAAAUACCAGCCACCACAAAUGGCCAACCAAACGCUUCCACGGCGAAGCGGCGACGAUUCUCCCUCCCGGUCGACGGCGGUUAGGGUUCCGGUUCCGACGAGCUUCCGUCCAUACCUCUAAGCCGAAGCUCCGCUCACAGCUUCUCUGAGCAAUAAUCGAUUCCGCAAGCUCAGAGCCUCCAUUGACGAAUCUUCAGAGCAUUUCAACGUUUAUUUAUCGACUUUUGAAAAUCCUGAGGCCAAUCUCUGGUUUCUCCGGGAGAAACGAUGUCGUUUCUACGGCGUAGAAAGGCCGUUGUGAAUCCCAUUCCAGAUCAUGAGGAGGAGGAGGAGGAGAAGAAGAGGGAGAGAAAGGAGGAGAAGUUGAAGAAUGGUGUGGAAAGGGAGAAGGUGAAGGCGAAGAAAUGGUCGUGUGUUGAUAGCUGUUGUUGGUUUGUAGGAUUCAUAUGCUCGGUUUGGUGGUUCUUGCUGUUUUUGUACAAUGCAAUGCCGGCGUCGUUUCCUCAGUACGUGACGGAGGCGAUUACGGGGCCGUUGCCGGAUCCUCCCGGCGUUAAAUUGAAGAAGGAGGGGUUGUCGGUGAACCACCCGGUGGUUUUUGUGCCUGGUAUUGUCACCGGUGGGUUGGAACUAUGGGAGGGUCGUCAGUGUGCGGAUGGACUGUUCAGGAAGAGGUUGUGGGGUGGUACCUUUGGGGAACUGUAUAAAAGGCCAUUGUGCUGGGCCGAACAUAUGUCACUAGAUAAUGAAACUGGACUAGACCCACCAGGGAUUAGAGUUAGACCUGUAUCCGGACUUGUAGCAGCUGAUUAUUUUGCACCUGGUUAUUUUGUCUGGGCAGUUCUAAUUGCUAAUUUAGCUCGCAUUGGGUAUGAGGAGAAAAACAUGUACAUGGCUGCAUAUGAUUGGAGAAUCUCAUUUCAGAAUACAGAGGUCAGGGAUCGAACUUUGAGCAGGAUGAAAAAUAAUAUAGAACUCAUGGUGGCUACAAAUGGUGGUAAAAAGGUGGUUGUUAUUCCACAUUCAAUGGGUGUUCUGUAUUUUCUGCAUUUUAUGAAAUGGGUUGAGGCACCAGCACCAAUGGGUGGAGGGGGUGGGUCAGAUUGGUGCGCCAAGCAUGUUAAAGCGGUGAUGAACAUUGGUGGACCUUUUCUUGGUGUCCCAAAAUCUGUCGCUGGACUAUUCUCUAUAGAAGCCAGGGAUAUUGCUGUUGCCAGGGCUUUCGCACCAGGUUUUUGGGAUAAGGAUCUUUUUGGUCUUCAAACUUUACAACAUCUGAUGCGGAUGACCCGGACAUGGGAUUCAACCAUGUCGAUGAUACCAAAAGGUGGGGACACUAUAUGGGGUGGUCUUGAUUGGUCACCUGAUGGACACUUUAACUGCAGUGCAAAGAAGUUCAAGAACAAUGAUACUCAUAGCGCAUUUAAGAGUGAUGAAGAGAACCGUGACAUGAAAAAUAUCAAUUAUGGGAGACUCAUAUCAUUUGGGAAAGAUAUCGCUGAGUUACACUCCUCCAAGCUUGAGAGGUUGGAUUUUAGGGGCGCUCUGAAGGGCAGGAACCUUGUCAACACAUCUAAUUGUGAUGUCUGGACAGAGUACCAUGAAAUGGGCAUUGAGGGCAUCAAAGCUGUCGCAGAUUACAAAACCUACACAGCUGAUUCAGUUUUGGAUCUGCUUCAAUUUGUUGCCCCCAAGUUGAUGAAACGCGGAGAUGCUCAUUUUUCCCAUGGGAUUGCUGAUAAUCUGGAUGAUCCAAAAUACGAACAUUACAAAUAUUGGUCUAACCCUUUAGAAACAACAUUGCCAAAUGCUCCUGAUAUGGAGAUUUAUUCUAUGUACGGUGUUGGGAUCCCAACUGAAAGAGCUUAUGUCUACAAGUUAACAACUCAAUCUGAUUGCAACAUUCCCUUUCGGAUUGACACAUCAACAGAUGGUGGAAAUGGGGAUUCAUGUCUAAAGGAUGGAGUUUAUAGUUCUGAUGGUGACGAAACUGUUCCUGUUUUAAGUGCUGGUUUCAUGUGUGCAAAAGGUUGGCGGGGAAGAACCCGCUUCAAUCCUUCAGGAAUCCGUACAUACAUAAGGGAGUAUGAUCAUGCCCCUCCAGCUAAUCUCUUAGAAGGCAGGGGAACACAGAGUGGUGCUCAUGUUGAUAUACUGGGGAACUUUGCAUUAAUUGAAGAUGUUAUACGAGUGGCAGCUGGAUCCUCUGGUGAAGACUUAGGUGGAGAUAGAGUAUACUCCGAUAUUUUCAAAUGGUCUGAAAGGAUUAAUUUAAAGCUCUAGAUUCACAUAAUCUAUUUUCAGAUGACAAUUUUCUGACCGGAUCACUAUCUUCACAUCAUUACUUCAGUUCGAGAUCGAGUCCUAUCAGCUUCAACCCUUGUGCUUUAAGGUAGAGUUAGUGGUAUUGGUAUGAGCUCCGGAGCUGGUUGACCAGUAUUGUUGACAGCAGCAGGCUUGCUCUUGUACUCUGAUUUAUCUGUGUAGAAUUUCAUGGUUCUGGGGAAGUGUCAUAUUUGUUUACAAGCCCCAUCCCCAAACAAAGAAGGAAAAAGAAAGGAUCCCAAGCUGUUCUUACUUUUAGGUGCACUCUUCUUGCUUGAUGAGAUUUUGAUCGAUUCCAUUCAUUGAUUUGAUUAUUUUCUAGUGUAUAA